GUGAAUGAUGUCGGUGUCGAGGCUCGCGUGCGUCUUGUGCGUUGCGCUCGUGUGCGCGGCGGCGCUCAUCUGCGUGUGCGCGCUGCUGCUCUUGCGGAUGCAUCGGUGCUGCGAGGAGAACGGCGAGUUCCCACACGCCGCCGUCGCCGCUGACUCGCUCACGUGCUCUCACAUUGGCAAGGAUAUUCUGUUAAAAGGCGGCUCAGCAGUAGAUGCUGCUAUUUCUGCGCUGCUAUGUACAUCAUUAAUUAAUCCUCAGAGCAUGGGAAUUGGAGGAGGCUCCGUCUUCACCAUCAUGAGCAAAGAUGGUGACGUGAGUGUGAUCAACUCAAGAGAAACGGUCCCUAAAAGCUUCCCACCAAAACUCCUGGACAAAUGUCCCACUUCCAUGACAUUAGAUCAACUCGGUGCAGGGUGGAUUGGUGUUCCAGGUGAGCUGCGUGGCUAUGCCUAUGCUCACUCCAGGUUCGGUAAACUGCCGUGGAAGCAACUGUUCCAGCCCAUUGUCAAACUGGCCAGAGAUGGCUUUCCUGUUCCCGAGUACCUCGGCCAACUUCUCAGACACCCAUACGUCACUAAACUGGUGCAGAGCACGUCACUGUGUCAAGUAUUUUGCCACGAGGAUAAAACCGUUCUUGGUCCAGGUGAUACACUACGAUACCCAAAACUUGCUGAGACUCUGGAAAUAAUUGCGGAAAAGGGGGCCGAAGAGUUUUAUAAAGGCAAAAUCGCACAAGACUUAAUCCAAGAUGUGAAGGCAGAAGGUGGAUCAUUGUCAUUAGAGGAUCUAAGCUCUUUUCAUGUGAUAGUGAAUGAAGCAUUAUCGGUUCCGUUAGGUGAUUUUACGAUGCAUUUCCCUCCUCCUCCAUUCGGAGGUGCUCUACUCAGCUUCAUCCUCAAUGUCAUGCAGGGUUUUGGACUUUCUCCGUCGUCUGUGAAGUAUGAGGAGAGGAAACUGACACUUCAUAACUACAUAGAAACACUAAAGUUUGCAAAUGGACAGAGGAAGAAUAUCAGAGACCCGCUGCACAGCCAACACAGAACACAACAUCUGUUGGAUUCAGCCUUUGUUGAUCACAUCAGGUCGAUGAUCAGCAGCAGUGGUACACACCCGGUGUCUUACUACAAUGUCACCCCCUCCACCGAUCGAUUCGGGACAACGCAUGUUUCUGUUCUAGCAAGUGAUGGCUCAGCCGUUUCUGUCACCAGCACCAUCAAUCACUUGUUUGGAUCAGGCAUCUAUUCUCCUAAAACGGGGAUCAUACUGAACAACGAGCUAGCGGAUUUCUGCGGAAAAGCCGAUUCUGUCUCUGCAGGUGAACAGCCCCCAUCCUCCAUGUCACCUGUUAUUAUCCACUCAAAGCACAGAGAGAAAGUUCUAGUUAUUGGAGGAUCUGGAGGGAGUCAGAUUAUCACCGCCAUGGCCACGGCAAUAAUGAACAAACUGUGGUUUGGGAUGAACCUGGAAGAUGCCAUCAAAGACAAAGUGGUUUUUGUCAGCUCAGAUAAUUCAGUGGAGUUUGAGCAAGGGUUUGAUAAGUCGAUGAAGGAUGCCAUGCAGUCUUUCGGACAUGAUGUAAAAGAUAAUAAAUUUUCCUUUAAUGUUGUGAACGCCAUAAUGAAAGAGCAUGGCUGCAUCACUGCUGUCUCUGAUGGUAGGAAAAAAGGAAAUGCAUCAGGUUACUGAUCAAGUCCAAAAAUCAAGGUUGUAAGGAGGGGAAUUAUCAAACACAAUGGGCAAAUCCAGGAGGCAAGGGUCAAAAGAUGAAAUGCAAUCACUACAAGAAGCAACUGAACUGAAGCAGAGCUACUUCACAGAAAAAAACUAACCUGGAAAAAAAUUUCAAAAUCAAGCAGCAGAUUCUGUUCUGUUCGUCUAAGGUAAUAUAUAUUAUUGAUACAGACUUGGAGUUAAACUUAUCAUUGAGUACCCUACAAAAAAGUACACCAUGAAAAGCUGAAACAUCACACAGAGCAGCAAAUAAACCAAACUGAGCCAAACAGCAGACUGUGCCUAAAGUGAAUGUAAAUGUGACAUUAUUUAGACUAUUUUUCAUGUAGCCUUAUAUGUUGUAUGAUGUUUAAUACUGUUUUGUAUAAUUUUGCAUAAUCGUGAUGUAACUAUAGGUUUUGUACUGAUUUUUAAACUUCUUUACCAUAUAUAUUUUUUAAAGUAUAGGGGUUUCUUUUGGCAUCUAGCAGGACUUACACAGCCAACUGACAAGCAUUGUUCAUUUUUGCAUUAGCCUAAAUGUUAGCCUUAUUUUUUGUGUGUUUAUAGUAGCCAUGCAGUUAUUGUUGUUUGCUUUCCCAUGGAGUACAUCAUUGUUGACUUAGACACUUAAAAUAGCAUUGACAAUACUACAGGACCAUUAAAGGAAAUAAGCAUAAUCAGAAAAAAAAGAUAUACUAUAUUGCACUCGUAGUGGGCACUAAAAUAGUUACAAAUAUUAUAGAUUUUUUUAUUAUAUUUUUUAAUGUGACUUGAUUUUUUGAAUCUGGUUAUAAUCUGUUAUCACUUAAGUGGUAUAAAUGUGUGUGUUGUGGAACAUUAUGUGGAACAAUCUACACGUGUGUGUUUUUACAUGUGUAAUAAAAUGACUUUUUGAAACCACA